AUGUCAUCUCUUCCAGCUUCAUACUGGGAUUUACCUGUAUCGAAUAACUCCCUUACUGUGAGUGAUCAUAUCACUUUUAUCGUGGAAACCGUGCAAUUCUCCAUAUUUUGUGUAACUAUUUCAAUUUAUUUGGUUAUUGUUUGGGCCCUAAUUGAGGCCCAAAAUCGGAGAGUUGAGGAGCUGAGCUCCCCGUUUUUCAAGCUAUGCCUCUCGACUGCCGGCGUUGAUAUUUGGACUCUUCUCACCAACUACCUCGGCGCAAUGUUUCCCAAAUGGGGAUGGUUUGUAUCAGUUUAUCUAUUCCUGGGUAAUCCAUAUGGUAGAAUUUAUCUGUAUUUCGCAUGGAGUACAGGUAUCUGCCAAGCGAUGAGUGUAUCUGUAUUAGCGUCGAAUAGACUAUCCGUAAUGCUUUUCCCGACUAGUUUUAACAGGAUUUGGCAGGAACAUCGUCUCUGGAUCGCAAUAUCCAUUCAGUAUUUGAUAGGUUUAAUAAUUGGACUAUCAACUUUUCUCAACGAUGUUCAAUUGUUCAGAAACAGCAAAAAUGGCAUAGUUCCCAGAUUUUUAAAUAAAUCCAUGACCAACACAUUUUUCGCGAUAGGUGGUGUAUUUUUGUUUGUGAACUGCGUUUAUUUAGUGGCGACUUAUUGUUACUUGUUUUGGGUGAUACGAAAACGACAGAGGAUAAAUAUGCCUCCGACACCAGUGAUCACAAAUUCCCGCUCGAAAGCGAAAAUGCGAGAAGCUCGCCUCUUCACAAUGAGCACAAUAAUUGUGGGUGUGCAGAUGUGCAUUCUCAUACUUUUCAUUUUCAAAGGCGCAGAUAUCUUGGCAUUCACCUCUGAUCAGUUCUAUUUGGUGUAUAACGCAGUGAGCGACCUCUACGCAAGUAUCAACCCAUAUCUUCUCUGGGUUUUCUCCGAUUCUCUCCGAAAAUAUAUCCUGCAACGGCUAGGCUUCACCAAGAAAAAAUUAAAAAUCACAUCGGUCACACCUAUCACAUUUGUUCAAUGA